AUGACCUCAGAAGGCCAGGCUGAUACCUCCUCCAAUGAACGUGAACAUGAAACGUCUGUCCCUGAAGAUGAAGAAAGCGAUGACAAUGAACGCGAACUUGAAACGUCUGUCCCCGAAGAUGAAGAAAGCAAUGACGAGGUUCAAAAUGUUCUAGAAGUGAGCACUCCAUCGUUACCUAGCGCGUUACGUAGCGCUGAGAAGAAGUCGGAUCGCAGCAAUCUGUCCGUAUCGUUUGCGGUAGACGUUGUAAGGCAUGAUUUGACUUCGGACACCAAAUGCUCGAAGACAACAGCGGAUUCAGAAAUGGAGCAAACAGAAACAAUUCAC